AUUCCAAGUGAUCGUACUUUUUUCAUCUCUUGGACAUCACCGUCAAGCAUGAAGAAACUCACGCUGUUGAGCAUGCUCGCUAUUGCGACACUGAUGUCUGUCAUCAUCUUCACUAUAUCCGUGCCGAUUGUGUACAAGUACGUGCACCUUGCUACGUUGCCGAGCGUGAAGUCCCUGAAAUUUACCGGGCAGCGGUGGUACGAGCAGUCAUUCCCGAUGAACCUCUCGGACCACACUCAGCUGUUACCUAACGACAUGCAAGUCCACUACCGCCUCAAGCCCAGCGUACAGCGGUUGCUGCCCUCUGGUUCGUGCUCCUGUAAGGGCCGGAAGGCCUUGAAGCUCGAGAAAUGGUUCUCGCCCUCCGAAGUGGAGGGCACGCGCCAGAGAAGACAGAAGGAAAUGCAAGAAUUCAUACACAGGCAGGACACUGUUCUGAAGAAGGUGCUGGUGGCAGAGCCCAACUCGCCGCUCUCCUACCCGACUCAGGGGCUGCAGGUGCCACCACUCCAGACCAUCCUCAUACCGGGGUUAAGUUUGUUUGCAGAUAAAAGAAACAUAUACAAGGUGACGCUGUCCGCGAAGCUGGGGGUGCUGGACACGGUGGCGGAGGUGGGAGAGGUGAUGGCAGAAGGGCUGGGCGAGUCGCGCCUCUCCCUGAGCAGCCCCCACCUGGAGAACCUCAACCUGCAGCUGCGCACAGUCACGUACACCAACACGGUGUACCAGCCGGGCACCUCCGAGAUGGUGCAGCUGGAGAGCGGGAAACACAGAGCUGAGAUACCGAUCGUCGUAGCGCACCAGAGCUUGCCCUGGCUUUACGACCCUGGUCCUGAUGGUAAUAUCAGCAACCUCGUGACGGUGGUGACCAAGACGUUCUUGCGCUACGACAAGCUGAAGGGGCUCAUCGCCAGCAUCCGGAGAUUCUACCCAGACAUCACCAUCAUUGUGGCGGAUGACUCCGAGAAUGUUGAGAUGCUUCACGAGCCGGGUGUGGAGCAGUUCAUCAUGCCUUUUGGGAAGGGCUGGUUUGCCGGCAGGAACCUCGCCAUCUCUCAGGUGAGCACCAAGUACCUGCUGUGGGUGGAUGACGACUUCCUCUUCUCGGAGAAUACAAAUCUGGAGCGCAUGGUGGAGGUGCUGGAGAAGAAUUCGCUGGAUGUGGUGGGUGGCCUGUUAGUCAAGAACGCCUUUGGGCACGUGCUCAAGGUGGUGCCUGGAGGCUCGGACGGAGACUGCUUGUACCGGACGUUGGGCUCCUACCGCAAACUGGACGGCUUCCCAACAUGCUCAUUGGUGGACGUGGUGGCGAACUUCUUUGUGGCCCGCACCGAGAACAUUCGCAGGGUCGGCUUUGACCCCCACUUCAAUCGGAUCGGUCACACUGAGUUUUUUAUCGAUGGCCUGGGGCAGCUGAGAGUGGGGACGUGCAGCGACAUCUCCAUCGACCACGCCCCCAGGCAGGGAAACACGGGACAGUACAAAAGAUACCGCCACGCCAAGGAAGCUCGCAGUCGCACGAUCCGAGCCCUCUUCUUCAAGAAUCACCUCGUGUGUUACAAACUGUAACGCGUGACCCCCGAUGAUGGCCACAAUAAAUUGUGGAAUCUUGUAAUGAAUUUGAGGCCUGGCUCAUAGGUGAAUACACGGACUGCAUUAGUAUACUGAAGUAUGCAGUUUAUAGUGCUUGAAAACUAUGCAAACGUUUCAUACAACUGAGUAAAACAAUUACUUUCACAAACUACGUGUAAAGUUUCUAUACUGCUCAAACGGUGGCAAAAAACUUAUCGACAGAUUACAUUUACUAAAGGACAGUUCUUAUAGAUUUUUUGUUAUUUUAUUAUGUAAAUAAUCAAACUUUGUAAUUAAGCAAUGUAUUCAUAUAUUGCUUUUAAUUCAAUCUCAAUGCCUUUACUAAUUGUAAAGCCAUUAUAUUAUUUCACUUGUCAUUACACAUUAUCAUGGUGUAACCUUGAGUAGUUUCACUUAAAAAUGUAUUUACUUUUUAAUUUCCGGAAUGUUUUCAUUUAAUUGUGAAUAUUAAAUUAUAAAUGUAAUUGUUUCAUGCUUUCCUUUUCUGAUUAUAGUAGUUUAGGAAAUAGUGGUUGAAAGGGAAUAUUUGUUGAUGAUUUGUCUUACGAUCCAAAUUUGGGGAUAGUGUUUAACUGGUGUCAGGGACAUAUUAAUAAACACAAACAUGUAUGUUUUCACUAGAAAUGUGGAUAUCCACACAUA